AGUCUCAGCUGCGGGCACACUCCCCCACGCCAGGAACAGGAGGCGUGCGGGACUUCCUGGUUGGAUGUGGAUCAUUUAGCUGCGAUCAUUGAGCUUUAUUAAGGCACCCGAGGAGGAAACAUCCAAACACUGGCCUGCAUUAAGACUCUGGUGCCAUUUAGCAUUGAAGCUGACUUAUUAACACCUGUUUAGAAGCGGAGGCCAGGAGCCGGGGAGCUGCUCCAGCAGCUGCCCGGACAUGAGUGUCGUUAGCCGGGACUGAGCUAAGUGAGAUCGCUCUAGUUCCCUAAAGGCUCCAAACUACGCGGAAAAAAGCUCAAGAAAUCCCCAAGACAAAGCCAAAAUAUGUGGUUGGAGCCCGGGCUGCUCUAGGAUGAAGAGCCCGGCCCACCGCACCCGGGACAUCGAGCGGCACGCCGGCUACCUGCGGCCCGAGCACUGCGUCCCCCCCCCGCCCCGCAGCGGCGCCGGCACCAUGUGGUUCAUCCGCGACAGCUGCGGCAUCGUAUGCGGCAUCAUCACCUGGUUCCUGGUCCUCUACGCAGAGUUUGUGGUGGUGUUUGUCAUGCUGUUCCCCGUCAAGAACGUGGUCUACAGCCUCUUCAACGGCGUGAUCUUCAACGGCCUGGCCUUCCUCGCCCUGGCCUCCCACGCCAAGGCCAUGUGCACAGACCCGGGAGCCGUCCCUAAAGGGAACGCAACCAAAGAAUUCAUUGAAAGUCUGCAGCUCAAACCGGGGCAGGUGGUGUACAAGUGUCCCAAGUGCUGCAGCAUCAAGCCCGACAGAGCUCACCACUGCAGUGUAUGUAAACGCUGCAUCAAAAAGAUGGACCACCACUGUCCCUGGGUGAACAACUGCGUCGGAGAGAACAACCAGAAAUACUUUGUGCUCUUUACGAUGUACAUUGCACUAAUAUCCUUCCAUGCUUUGCUCAUGGCAGCCUUCCAUUUUCUGUUCUGCUUUGAAGAAGACUGGUCAAAAUGCAGCAACUUCUCUCCCCCAGCAACCGUCAUCCUCCUCAUCCUCCUCUGCUUCGAGGCGCUGCUGUUUCUGAUCUUCACUGCAGUCAUGUUCGGGACUCAGGUUCACUCAAUCUGCACUGAUGAAACGGGUAUCGAGCAGCUUAAGAAGGAGGAGAGAAGAUGGGGCAAGAGGUCUAAAUGGAUGAACAUGAAGGUGGUGUUCGGCCACCCGUUCUCUAUAGCCUGGCUGAGCCCGUUUGCCACGCCGGACCACGGCAAGGCCGACGUGUACCAGUACAUCGUGUGAACGCUGGAAACUAGAACUCGCUGCUGUCCACACAGACUGAAAAAUCCCAACACAGACUCAAAUUUGUUUUAACCAUCCCUACAUUUUUUAUUCCUUCAUGAAUAAUUGAUGUUUUCAGGUUGUUCUGUUAGAAGUCAUCCAUCUCUUUACGGUGCUGGCUGAGAUUAAUGAGGUGGUGCUGCUGCACAAAGACAAAGCUGUACGAGUAAAUAAAACCUCUCAAACGAAGCUACAACAAACCUUUUGCCAAAAGUUGACCAAAAGAAGACGGAGCUCUCUGGAAGUUCCUGCAGUAUGUCUUAAUCUUAGUGUGCCGAUAAUUUGGACUGAAGUCCAGAAAGUUUUCCCCCCAUGCAGCGUAAUCACGAUGCUGAGACGAACACCAGGGCCAGAUGCAGAAAUGAGGAGGAAAAACACUGGGUUUCAUGAAGGAGAUGGUGUCAAGAGAACGUGCCCGUGUUGUUAAGGUGUUGGUGAAUUCAGGAGGGUUGGGUGGUUAGGGACUGUAGCACCCUAUAAUGUAAUAAUUUCCCAUAAUGUAAUAAUUUCCUAUAAUGUAAUAAUUUCCUGAAAUGGUAAUAACGCCUGAAAAUGUAAUAAAAUUUGCACUUAACUCAAUCGAAAAUGUAAUAAAACCCAAUAAUGUAAUAACUUCACCAAUAAUGUAAUAAAAUAUCCUGAUGGAUAUUGUAAUAACAUUUUUACCGAUAAUGUAAUACCUUAUUACGUUAUUGGGAAUUUACUACAUGGUACUCAAAGUCUACAAUUUAACCCAAUAUUCAUUCUGGUUUUUCAAAUCCAGCGUAUAUAACAUUCUUAGAUUCUUAAAACACAAAAUGUAGAACUCUGGACUGAAAAUGAACAAAUAUAUUACUAUAUCAGUUUUGGAAGAAAAAAAAAGACUCACCUGAACAUUUAAUAAAUUCCCACUAACAUAAUAUGGUAUUACAUCAUCGGUUAAAAUGUU